ACGGAUCUAUCGAGGUCUAUGCAAGGAGGGUCUGAUGCCGAUAUCGAGGUAUUUUGCACUCCUUGUUCUGACGAUGGACGCAAGACAGAAGUGACUAAAUAUUGCCCACAGUGUAAGGAAUAUCUAUGCACUGCAUGUACGCGAUGCCACACACGUUUCACAGCAACAAGAGACCACCAACUUACAGACCCAGUGAAACAUAAUGGUUCGGGAGUAAGGAACAGGACAAAUGCUAUUCCGAAUACCAGCUGCAGUUUGCACCCAGACAGAGAAAUUGAGAUGUUCUGUGGCUCGCACGAUAUGGUGUACUGUGCCUUAUGUAUUGCUAAAGAUCACAGAUUAUGUAAUAACGUAAGAGAGGUAACAGAAGCAGCAAGCUGUAGAACGUUAGCUCACAUAGGUAACGGAGACAAGAUCAGCCAUCUCAGAGACGAACUGGUGGUUGUUAAGGAAGAGAAAAUAAGGAAUAUGCAAACCCUAGGGGCAGAAAAAAACGAGCAUCUGGUGAAAGUUAAAACAACAAGUAGAAAGAUUAUUUCUCAUAUUGAGAAGCUUAGGGAUGAAGCGUUCACCUCCAUAGAACGUGAAAACGAGAAGACGGAGCAAGAACUGCAAGCCGACACCAUGACUAUCACUGAAGCAAUAGAAAAAUUGGAUAAGUCUAAAGAGCAGACCUAUUCUUUGGAUAACCUCCAUCAGACGCAAAAAUUUGUGCAGGAUAAGAUACAAAAGCAUCUGUUAGCAGAUAUUGAAAAGCUCAGUAUGAGCAUUAAGAAGAAGAAAGCAAUAGCGAAACAAUACACGGUGAAUGAGGAGCUGAUCGAACAGAUCAUGACAGCAGCGUUCCUGGCAACAAAUGAGGAAAGGAAACAAACAGAAAGAAGCCCGAGAAAAGAACCGUUAAAGAUUAAAUCAAAGAAAGAGGUUAACGUUAAGGAAAAAGAUGAUAAAAGGACCUGUAAGAUCAUCGGAAUAUGUCAGCUUCCCGAUGGCACUAUCAUAUUGGCUGACCAGAACAACAAGAAGCUAAAAAGGCUUGAUAAAGAUUACACGGUGAAAGAUCACUGCGACCUAGCCGGUGUGUUGUUAGGUGUUUGCUGUUCUGGUAAAUCAAAGGUAGCUGUUAAAGUCGGAAGUAAGGAUGGCAAAAUACAAUUUGUUCACGUAGGUGUCACUUUAUCGCAAACGAGGAGUUUUGAUAUUGAAAGUGGAUGGUUAAUUGGUAUUUCGUUCUUUGCGGAUACAUUUUGGGUUAGAACUGAAAACGGUAUAAGCAUAUACGACGUGAGUGGUGCAAAGGUAAUAUGUAUAGGCAAAAGUUUUUCAAAGGAAAUAUCAGAGUCGUCUAAAGAUAUAUUUCCUGCUUGUGCUGACACUAAAUCACUGUACAUGUCUGACAGGAAUAAUAGUGUUGCAAGUAUCAGUUGUUAUAGGACAGUGCAAAAGGUUUUUAGUGAUAAACGAAUGGAAGACGUGAGGACCGUUAGCUGCUUUUCAGAUGGAACACUAUUUAUGGCAGGAUUUGCCUCUCACAAUAUCAUAUUGUUCAGCAAUGAUGGUACAUGCCUCGGGGAAUUAAUCGGUGCGAAAGAUAACUUAUGGACAAUACAUGGGAUGUGUUUUGACAAAAAGCACAAACGUUUGCUUGUUGGUUUUCUCUGUGAUAAUUUGCAUGUAAUAGAAUUGGAUGACUGAAUUGGUUCCAGCGGCACUGUAAGACGAUUGUAAAGGUGAACUAUCGACUUAUAUUUAUCGAUAUAUUUACAAAUCAGAAAUGUAACACAUCAUCGUCAUUUCAUGAAAAGUUUUGUGUAUGUUUCGUGUUCUGUAAGGAUAAGAUUUUCACUAAAUGUUUUGAACAUUUUUAUCUGACCUGACCAAAGUUUUAACAUUUUGAAGAAUUUAGUUUGGAAUAAUGUUUUAUAUACAUAUUUAUAUUUGAUGAUGCAAGUAUGGUACAGUUAUAAAGUGCAGACCAAUUGCUUUUAUUUUACACAGCUGCUUUAGUGCAUGUAGCUCUUGUACUUAUUUCAGACUGCACGGGAAGUUUUAUUAAUGAACACUGCAAAGAAUGAAACAAAUUACUGCAUUUACUUUUGAAUGUCUUCCCAGACAUAAGGAAAUAUUUUAUCUUUUGUCUUUCUGUCUGUCUUAAAAGGUUGUUUGCCCAUCUUCUAUGAAACGACUGGUUGGAUUUCAACAAAUAUUUUCAGGAAGAUUCAGUACCAACGCUAGUGCAUGUUUUUGACUCGCAGUGACUCUUAAAUAUUAUCUUAAGAUACUUUUUUGGAUGUAAAAUGCCACUUAUAUUAUUAAUCAACAGUCAGUCA